AUGCUCUCGUUACUGUCCGCGACCCUUGGCCCGGCGAGUCAGGGCAACUACGCUACAGGCGACUUGUACCAAGAUGACGUCGCGCGCUGGCGCUACUCAGUAGGGUUGCCGGCCGUAUCGCUAGACCUGGGCAUGGUUAAGGGUGUCGGCUACGUUUCCAAUUCGCGCUCUGUCUUGGACCGAGUGAACAAGGGCAGCCAAUCAAUGCCGUUGUCCGAUGAAGACGUCACACGCGCUCUUAGCGUCGCAAUUCUAAACCCAUUUGCCCAUACUCAGAUGCUCCUAGGUAUCAACUCGAGCCCUGGUCCGCACUGA